CUAUGUGAUAUGCAGCAGCCCACACAAACUUUCUUUUUCAUUCGUAAAAAUAUAACGCAUAUAUAAACCAUCAACUUCCAGUGGACUUCUUGCAGUCCAGUAGUACCUUUUUCUUUCUCUUCUCUUCCUCACUGCAUUCUCUUUUACAGCCACAGCAGCACCCUCCCCACUCUUACAUUCACAUAUACAUUCUCUCGCCCAAGAGAUGGCUAUCAUUGGUGUCGCAGAUCCAGGAGGAAGCCGCCAACGCCCCACCGUUGCGCGCCGUCGUAUUGUUAAUGUCACAAGCCAAGAAAACACUGCCGUUCGCAAACACUCAAAAUUCUGGGAUAGAAGGAACAAGGGAUAUAUUACGCCCGUUGACACAGCUGCUGGACUUAUGAAUCUUGGUUAUGGUGUGAUCUUUAGCUUGACCAUCGGAACUUUUAUGGGCGUAUUUCUCGCCUAUGCAACUCAAGACUCCUGGAUACCCGACCCUCGAUGCAGGAUCAAUGUACGAAAACUGACUCGGCCCACCAAGCGCCCGUCACCGAGCAGAGUAUAUGAUGACUAUGGCCAGUUUGAUGCUGACAAGUUCGAAACGCUCUUUGACAAAUACGCGCAAUCGGACCUGAGUGGGAAUACCAUCACAUUGACGGAACUUUUGCAAUUGGCUUCCGAGCAAGGUUCUUAUGGUGCUAGUCCGACAGCAUGGACGAUGGCCAUGUUCAACUGGAUUGGUCUGUACAUGAUGAUUGGCCAGAGUGGUUCUUUUCAUAAGACAGAUAUACAAGCUGUAUAUGAUGGUACCUUAUUCUAUCGGAUACGUGAAGCAAGAAGUGCUUAUGUACGUCCUGCAUCACUUGAUACUUCAACCGGUCACCUGCUAUUGCCUAAUAACGCUGUGCGUGCAUUUGAGCGUCAUUUAAACUCUGCUGUUGAACAUCUGCCGCAAUCCACCGUUGCUAUUGUCCGAAGCUGGGUGCCACCGGUCGAUUCCAUCCUCAGCGGAAACGUCGUCGCUACACCCGUUCGACCACGCAGCAGAGCCUUUGCCAAAAGCGAGCGGAUCUCUGGUACCAAGACUGUUUCCUUUGACAAUCAAGCAUUCUCUUUGACUGGUGUCCAAGGCUAUGCGGCAUCCUCUUCUUCGUCCUCUAUGACGGAUGAUGAUCUGCCAGACUUGAUCUCUGAAGAAAGCGACUCCAUCGACUCCGUUGGUGAUAACAUUGGCGUGUUCACCACUGGUCUUUGCCCUGAAGGUGCCGACUACUACCGCGAUACCCCUUUGACCAACUGGAUUGGCAGUCAACUUUCUGGUGUUCAGAAAUCAAUGAAUGACCAGAAUUACAUUCCUAAGGCAGAUAUCAAUGACAAGAGCAAGUACGGCAUUCCUCUCGCGGGUGUCAUGAACGAUGGCACAGUGUCUAGCCCAUUAACCGACUGGGUUGUGGAAGAUGUUCAAAGCUAUGAUAAUGAUACCGACAAAAAGAAGGCCUACAUGGAUACAUUACAACCUGUGACAUUAAGGGGUGUCGUGCAAUCACCAACACCCGCUGCUGAUCAUCGCAUCAUCGACGCUCCAUCAUAUGAUCACAACAAAAAAGUGCGCUUCCAUCUCGAGCCUGUAACCUUGAGUGGCGUCCAGCAUGAUGAUGCUGUUGCCUCUGGCAAGGCAAGUAUGCACGGUAGCGGUGUUCCCAUUGUUGAUGCGCCAUCCCCGGUGGAAAAAGAUCUCAACUUUGACCUGGAACCUGUUUCGCUUUCUGGCCUACGUGCUACUGAUACUCCUACAAGUGCACAAGAUGACAUCGUGGCACAGAGUGACUCAACAAAUAAGGGUCUGGCCAUUGUGCAAGCUCCCACGACCUUUGAAUUCCAAGAAGUUGACAUUGAGUCAUACAAGCAGCCUGUUUUCUUGACUGGUCUUUCCUCUGCCCACAAGAUCUCUGAUGAUCACCAUGGUCCAUUGCCUAUUGUCGACGCUCCUUCUUCGUUGCUGUACAAGCGUGAGAAAAGCAGCUCUAGCGUACAUGUUGAAUCUGUUGCACUCACGGGUGUAAGCAAGAUGUCCACUGCUGCUGAUAAAGAUAAUGGUAUGACCAGCGCUAUUCUCAUGGUCAAGGCUCCUGUUUCGUUCGAGACAAAUGAAGAUGUCUUUGAGUCUACCAUUAGUGCCAUCUCUUUGACCGGUAUAUCCUCCUCCUCAUCAUCACUACUUGACAAAACUGGAACAGGGUUUGCACCGUUGUCUGGAUUACGAUCAGAUUCUACACCCGCCUCAUUUGUGAAAGCACCCACAAACUAUGAGCGUAAACGAACAGUUGCUUUAGAACCCAUGUUGCUCUCUGGCCUGCGCGUGUCAUCUGAUGAGCCAACCGGCUUUGUCGAAGCAGCUACUUCGUAUGCAUACCAAGAGCCAGUGUCUUUGGAGCCUAUCGUCUUGUCUGGAGUGAGCAAUGACACCACGACCGCCAGAUUUGUUGAAGAGUCUUACAUGCCCAAGCAACCUGCUGUUAUCGAGCGCGUCAGCUUGUCUGGAUUGAGCAAUGACACCACGACCGUCAAUUUCGUUGAAGAGCCUGCACCCCACGGGCCCAAGAAACCUGCUGUUCUCGAGCACGUCAAAUUGUCUGGAUUGAGUAAUGACACCACGACCGCGAGCUUUGUUGAAGAGCCAGCUUUGUAUGAAGCCAAACAACCCGUCACUCUCGAGCGCGUCAGCUUGUCUGGAUUGAGCAAAGACACUACGACCGCCAGUUUCGUCGAAGCACCUAUUUCGUAUACAUACCAAGAGCCAGCAUCUUUGGAGCCUGUCGCCUUGUCUGGAGUGAGCAAUGACACCACGACCGCCAGCUUUGUUGAAGAGCCUUACAUGCCCAAGCAACCUGCUGUUAUCGAGCGCGUCAAUUUUUCUGGAUUGAGCAAUGACACUACUACUGCCAAUUUCGUUGAAGAACCUGCAUUCUACGAGCCCAAGCAGCCUGUUGCUCUCGAGCGCAUCAACUUGCCCGGCUUGAGCAAAGACACAACAACCGCCAGCUUUGUUAAAGAGCCAGCAUCCUACGAGCCAAAGCAACCUGUUGCUCUCGAGCGUGCCAAUUUGUCCGGCCUGCACUAUAAGGACCAAAUCGCCAAUGUUGGUUUUGUUGAACUCUCUGAUGACGUUGCCUUUGAAAAGUCCUAUGAGCCUGAGCCAGUAUCAUUGAGCGGCCUGUCGCAAGACCCCACCACUGCUAGCUUUGUUGAAGAGCCCGCUUUCGCCGAAAAAGCACCUGCUGAUCUGGUCGAAGCCGCCAAGCCUGUGCCUCUUUCUGGCUUGUCUGUCUAUGACAGCCGCUAUGCCGACUAUGUUGAAGCACCUGUCAACUACAAGGCCAUUGAAGUCAUCAAACUCGAACCUGCUGAACUCUUUGGUCUUCGUGAAGAAGCCGAGACUGUUUGGGGCCCGGUUGAAGAGCCUGCUGACUACAAGGCUAAAGAGUCCGUCCCCUUGGAGCCUGCAACGCUCUCUGGUCUCCGUGGAGGAGAUGACUUGGAACAGAGCUGGAAGCUUACUGGUACCGGGAAGCGACGUCUUUCCUUUGAAGAGCCCUUGGUUGACGAUGAAGUCGAUAUGCUCUGCUCAUGGCGUCAAAACACUGGCUUUGAAAAGAACAAACUUGAUGUUGAGUUUGUCUAUCAAUGGCGUGACUCCAUGGGCUUCGAAGGAUCUAUUCCGCCCGUUGAGAGAGUUGAGUUGUGCGGCGUAGUAUCUUCAGACGAGCAAGAAGUAUUUGUCGCAGAGCUACCGAUUGUCAAGGACCCAUACCCAAGUAAGAAUAAUAUCGAAUGGCCAUUUGAAGCAACGGCCAUCUCUUUGUCCGGUUUGUCUUCAAACCAUCCUGCAGCUAAACUCAAGAACCACUUGAACAUUGGGAGUAUACAGGGCGUCUUCAAACAGGAGUCAUCGCUCUACGAGGAUCCAAUCGAAUUGCCGGAGGAGGUCCAGGAACACGUCGAUCUCCAGCAGUACCGUCGCGCAUUCCCGCUGUCGGGUGUUCAUGCAAAGGAUAUGGAAGAACGUGCGAUCAAGAACUGGCUCAACAACGGCGCACUCCCCGGCGUCGUCUCCAACGAUAACGUGUAUGAAGCACCCGGUGAAACUUUGCCUAAAGACUAUAUCGAGCCGCGGCCGAAGGAUGACCACGACAAAGUGGGUGUGCUGGCCUCUGGUAUUUCGCAGAAGAAGAUCAAAAAGCCGCUCAAGAACUGGUUGAACGUCGCAUCUCUGUCGGGUGCUGAUGCUGAAUCAUUUAAGACGAUCUACGAGUCUGCCAAGCCUGAACCGAAGCCCAAGGAAAUGGAGAUUGACCUUGAACAAUAUCGUGCACCUUUCCCAUUGAACGGAUUGACUGAUGACGAAGUCAAGCACAAGAACUGGCUCAACAGUAGCAUAUUACCUGGUGUUCAAGCAGCUUCGCAAUCCUCAUAUCAAGAUGCCGCUUCUGACAUCCCAUCCGACUAUAUUCAGCCCCGUGAUCCAUCCCUGGUUGACGAUAAGGCGCUCAACGGCAUCAGCACCGCCACUGCCCGCAACUUGCGUCUCAAGAACUGGCUGAGCACACCCGAACUUCCAGGCGUACAAGUCGAUGAAAAUGAUCGCACUUAUGAUGAAGCCAAGGAAUUGUCUCCGUCAGAAUACAUCCAGCCACCCCUUGAAGAUCAAGAGAUGCCAGCCGACUUCAAGUUGACUGGUGUUUCUUCAACAGACGCUGUAUCUGAAAUUAGCUUACCAGAGCUCAGUCGAGUCAGCAAGUUGGCACAUCACGAUUCCGAAGACGAACACUCGAUCGCUACGGAAAGCACAAGCCCGGGUCCCAUAUCACCUGAGGAAUACAAGGGCAAGAAGCCCGCGUCCGCACAAAAGGUUGCAAUGACCAGUGCCAAUUGGAGCAUAAUGGCUGAUAUUACAAGCCAGAAGGAAGAAUAAACAAAAUUUACCCUGCUUGUUGUAGUAUAGUGUUUUUUCAUACAUUGUUUUUUUUAUACCAUUCCCUGUAAUUUCAUAACAUAUUCGAUUCAUUUUCUUUGUUAUUUUUUGUUUCAAGUCAAUUCGAGUAACGGUAAAUGGAGACAGGUUAAGAGAGAGAGAGAGAGAGAGAGAGAGAACAAGAGCGAUGGAGGGUGUUAAAGGGCAGAAGAUAUUGUCCAGCAUGGAAAUA